AUGAGUGCGCUUUGUAUGUCGCUGCUUUUGGCCUGCCAACCGGUUGUUUUUGGAGCAGAUGCGUUUUCUCCCCUCAUUCCAGUCACCUCCCCGGACUCCUUCGAAUUUUGGGGUCGUAAGACGCAUCCACAUCCGAACGACAUCGACUACGAACCUGCGUACGGCGAGAAGACACGCGCCUCGAGCGGGGCACCACAGUGGAGCCACUCGAUCAACGAUGCCGUUGGACCUCCGAACUGGAGUAUCGUUGCGCCUGCCUGCGCUGGACUGUACCAGAGCCCUAUCAACAUCGUGCGCGAGAGCACACUGUUCGUAAAGAAGAAGGUCCCGCUCGAUCUGCAGGGAUUGCGUAACAUUCCCCGCUCGAUACUGGUCGAAAACGAGGGCUACUCGGUGAAGUUCACUCCACGCUGGAACGGUCGCACGCGCCCCGUGCUGCGCGGUGGCCCACUGAAGACACCGUACGUGUUCGAGCAGCUACACUUUCACUGGGGUCCAACGAAUGACGAAGGCUCGGAGCACACGCUCGAUGGCAAGCAGUUUCCCCUCGAGGUGCAUCUCGUGUUCUACAACGGGCUGUAUGGUUCGUUCGACGAGGCGAAGGGUGAGGUGGACGGGCUGGCGGUGCUAGGGUUCGUCUACGCGGACGCUCCGAACUCGGCCGGAUACCUGCUGAAUCGCUGGACGCAGUUUUUACCGCUCGUGCGGAAACCGAAGGCAGAGUUCGAGCUGCCCUACAGCAAGUCGUUCUCGCUGCACAGCGUCAUCGGUGACAUGGGCUGGCCGUACUACUCGUACGAGGGCAGCCUGACGACGCCACCGUGCCUCGAGACGGUCACGUGGAUCGUGUCGGCCAAGCGCCUGGCCGUUACGCAACGCGAAAUGAGUAUGCUCCGGACACUGCUCGGCUUCGAUGGUGCACCGAUAUUACAAAAUUAUCGUCCCGUGCAGCCCGUGAACAAUCGACGUGUUUUUCGCUACUAG